AUGGCUUCUCAAUUUAUGCUGCUGGCUCUGUGCUGUUUGUUUAGGCUGAGCUGCAGUGAAAGUUUCCCUGAAUGGUUCAGCAACAUUUCUACCAACCUGUUCAGUUCACCAGGGGACAUUGUGCUCGGAGGGCUCUUUCCCAUUAACGACCUCACCAGCAACCUCAGUGAGAUAACAGAGCCCAACCAAAUAAGGUGUAUAAGUUUAAAUGAGCAUGGACUGGGACGCUCUAUAGCAAUGAAGUAUGCGGUGGAAGAAAUCAAUGGAAACCGGACUCUCCUCCCUGGCAUCAAUUUAGGUUAUGAAAUCUAUGACACAUGCACACAAUCUUCAGUUAUCAUAAAACCUACUCUGUCCUUUCUCACUGGAAAAUCCAACAAAGCACUAUCUGUGCAGUGUAAUUACACUGACUAUGAGACCAAUAUGGCUGCAGUGAUUGGUCCUUCUGGCUCAGAAAUGGUGUCAGUCACUGGAAAACUUCUGGGAUUCUUCCUGAUGCCACAGGUUAGCUAUGGGGCCACCAGCGACAAAUUCAGCGAUAAUCUUCUCUACCCAUCGUUCUUUCGUACGGUGCCCAGUGACAAAUGGCAAGUGGAUGCUAUCAUAAAGCUGAUCCAGGAAUUUGGGUGGAACUGGGUGGCAAUUGUAGGCAGUGACGAGGAGUAUGGGCAACAAGGUGUGCAGAUGUUAACCAAAUCAGCAGAAAAUAUGUCUAUUUGUGUGGCCUAUCAGGGCCUGAUUCCUGUGUAUGGUGACUCCAGCCUGGCAGUCAAAACCAUCAUUAGCAAUAUCCAAGAGACCAAGGUCAAAGUGGUGGUGGUGUUUACACUCUCAGAGCCAGCUGUGGCCUUUUUUAAAGAGGUUAUCAACAGUAAUUUAACAGCUGUGUGGAUUGGCAGCACAAGUUGGGCCAUCAACAGUCAAGUGACUUCUCUGCACAGUAUCGAAACAGUUGGUACAAUCAUUGGCUUCCUUGACCACACAGAAACCCUCGGUCUGUUCACCAAUUAUGCAAAGGAGCUCUUCAAGAAACUCAGUUAUGAGAGGGCAAACACAUCCACUCCAACCGCAGCAUCCAAUCCUGGAGAUUCUAACAGUCGCUGCCCACAGUGCUGGAACUUGUCACUAAAUAACAUCAGCCUAGUGGAAGAACCUGCAGUGCAGAAAUCAGUUUUCAGUGUGUAUGCUGCCGUCUAUAGUAUAGCACAGGCACUUCAUAACCUGCUGGAGUGCAAUUCAACUGCCUGUAAGCGGGGAUCCAGGAGCAAAAUCUAUCCCUGGAAGCUGUUGGAGGUUUUAAGGAACACAUCUAUUAAGAUAAAUGCUACAAAAAUAGAAUUUGACAAAGAUGGAAACCCAAACAUAGGAUAUGUAAUGAUUCAGUGGGACUGGACAAACUCAUCUAAAGUGGACUUUAGAAUUGUGGGAAACUACACUGAACAAAAACUGUCCCUUGAUAAGUCCCUCUUCAAAUGGCAUACUGCACAGGUUCCUGAGUCCACCUGUUCAGCAGAGUGUGGCAAAGGCCAGGUCCACAGAGUCAAAGGCUUCCAUUCCUGCUGUUUUGACUGUAUUGACUGUUUGCCAGGAACUUACCAGGCAAAUCAAGAUGGCAUCCGGUGUACUGAGUGUCCUGACCGUCAAUGGUCCCAGCAGCGCAGUACGAACUGCACUGACCCCAUCUUUAAGUUUUUCACCUGGAACAGCCAGGAUGCUGUGAUAAUGAUACUGGUUGGUGUGCUGUUGCUGUUGUGUCAGGGUUUGGUGGGUGUAGUAUUCCUGAUGCACCGAGGAACCCCCCUGGUAAUGGCCUCAGGGGGCACCGUGAGUUUUGUGGCCCUGCUCGGCCUGAUGGGAGCCUGUCUCAGUCUGCUGCUCUUCCUGGGGGAGCCAGGGAAUGUGAUUUGUCGUCUUCAGCUGCCCUUCACUUCCAUUUUCCAAACGAUCACCCUCUCCAUUAUCCUGUCCAUUUCACUGCAGAUACUCUAUGUGACAGAGUUCCCAGAGAGGGCUGCCUCUCGCCUGCAUAUAUUAAGAGGCCCAGCGAGCUGGCUGUUUGUGCUGAUCUGCUGCUCUGUGCAGGCUGGUCUCUGUGGCUAUUUUGUUCGAGAAGAACCUUUGUUGUCUGAAUAUGUGGCAAAUAUGUGCACCUUCAUGGCAGUGAAGCCCCUUCAUCAGUAUAACCUAGCCAGGGACAUCACCUUUUCCACCCUGAUCUACUGUGUCAUUUGGGUGAUCUUUAUUCCAAUAUACAUAGGCCACAACAGACCAAAUAACAAGAACAGAUCUAUUGUCCAUGUUUAUUUCAGCCUGGCAAGCAACUUUGGCCUGCUGGCAGCUUACUACUUUCCAAAAUGUUACUUGCUGUUAAAGAAACCUGACCUGAACACACCAAAGCACUUCUGUACCUUCUUAGAGGGCGUUCCACCAACACAAACUGAGGAGGAACCGCAGCCACAAGCACAGGAAGGACAAUAA